AUGGCUGUCGUUGUUGCCUCUCACCACGCUGGAUUGUGGCCCCGACGAACUGACCAGCACACUAUGCAUAUGCCUAACAUGAACAUGUCUGGUGUCAUGCCCUCCUACGACCCUCAUUCGAGGGCGGUGACGAACCCACCGACCUCGAGGCCAUUCCAACCGACAAGCUCCCAUAUGGAAAUGCAGAUGCCCAUGUUUCCAAGUAGCACGACCUCAUACCAGUCGGGAUCGGGGGCGUUCGCUUUCGAUUCUGUUGGUAUCAAUCCGUACAACAUGCAGCAGCCAUUUCCCGUCAACUUUGGCCCGAAUCUCAACCACAAUGUACCACCAUACGCUGGAUCUACCGGUCAUGCAGCACAGCAGUCGCAAAGGAACGCCCGGAAUGCAUACGCUCUCGAGAGACCAAAUGCCUCCGUCAAACCGGAGCACGGCUCUCCUGUGCAGCCCCACCAUUUCUAUAACAACAUACCGUACGGCGAGGACCGCCUGCGGUCAGGAUCGGAAGCCGCCGAUCCAAACAACAUCAACUUUGUCACCGACGUGGACACCCUCAUGAAAGCGAUCCAGUCGAAGGAGACUGGGAAGUCACAGCAGCGUGACUCGAGUCCUGAGGAAAAGCCAAUCAAGCCGGGCCAGAAACCUAAGAAGAGGUAUCUGUGCACCAUAGAGAACUGUGGCAAGAGCUUCUACCAGAAGACCCAUCUGGAGAUCCAUACCCGGGCCCAUACUGGCGUCAAGCCCUUUCUAUGUAAAGAGCCUUCGUGCGGACAGCGGUUCUCACAGCUUGGCAACCUCAAGACACACGAAAGACGACAUACAGGCGAGCGACCAUACAGUUGCGAGGUAUGUGGGAAGACCUUUGCACAGCGUGGCAACGUCCGCGCGCACAAGAUCGUCCACCAGCCUAAUAAGCCGUUUACUUGCAAGCUUGACGAUUGCGGUAAACAAUUUACCCAACUCGGUAACCUCAAGUCGCAUCAGAACAAAUUCCACGCCAACACCCUUCAAUACCUGACCAAGAAGUUCGGCACGAUCAGCUCAGGCGAGUACGUAUCCGAAGAGGAGAAGGGCCUCUGGGAAUACUUCUCCACGUUGUACAAGAACUCGAACAAGGGCAUCAAAGGCCGCGGCAAAGACAGACGAAUACCAGUGAUCAGCACACCCUCGUCGGGGCCUUCGAGCACAUCAUCAGGAUACUCGCCUACGACGGCUACAUCGAUGGACCGGAACUACAACGCAGUCUACCACCACCAUCAUCACCAUCACAACCACACCCACUCCGGCAGCGAGCGCGGAAGCCGAAGCUCGUCCAUGUCCUCGGAUUACGAUGCCAAGCCCACGACAGCGGAGUCCUACGACUUCAAUGCGCCUCUGCAGUCGGGUUUCCAAAGCCAAGGGUUCGACGACACAGCGUUCCCAGAGCGCAGGUUGUACUAG